CGUGUGGUCCAGGAGUGUCCCGAAAUAUUGCCAGAGAGCAGAUGGAGACACUGCAAGAUGUAAACAUUCAGCCAGGUCAUGAGAAUGACUCUUACUCACAUGAUGUAGCAACUCCACAAAGGAAGGUCACAAGAAAGAGAAUUAGGACCGUAAAAAGUAAACGUACGAACAUUAUUGUUGCAGUAGCUGAUGAUGAUAGUGACAAUAAUGAUGUUGAUGUGAAUAACGAUUCAGCUGUUGAUGCUGUUGCUUUUGAUGCUUCGAAAAAUAAUAAUGAAAAUGAAGAUGGAGAUAUCGACGACGUUGACGACGGCGCCGAUGAUGACGACGACGAUGAGGAUGAUGAUGAUGAUGAUAAUAAUAGCGAUGAGGAUGAUGAUGAUGAUAAUCAUAGCGAUGAAGAUGAUGAUGAUGAUAAUCAUAGCGAUGAGGAUGAUGAUAAUGAUAGCGAUGAUGAUGACAAUAAGGAUGACGACGGUGACGACGACGACACCAAUGAUGAUGAUGAUGAUUUAGCUGCUACUACUGAUGAUUUUAAAUUUGACGACGACGAUGACGACAGCACUGAUAACGUGAAUUUACCACGACUUUACAGAAAUAACUUAUCUAAUGUGAAAAAUACAGAUCUAUCGAAAAGAGAAAAACUGAAAAAAUUAUUCAACGAAAGAGCCAAAAAAACAGAGCUGAAUGAUGCCGAAUCUGAUCAUAGUCACGAUAAAGACGGUAGCACCUCUACAGAAGAAAAUACCUGUCGGUUUUGGACAUAUGUGGACGACGAAGAUCUUGAGGCACGAAAUGCUUUCCAGCCUAAAACUGGGAAAAGAUGUAGAAAGAAGACAACGGUAUUAGACAUUUAAAUUCAUGAAUUCAAUUUAGGUGACACCAAUUGAGUGGUAUCAUUAAAUACAAUUUGAAACUCUAGAAUGCUUUUGUAGUUGUUUUAUAGUAUUUAUUUUGUAUAUUUGUUCAAUAUAAGUAA